CAAAGUCAGUGGAGGUGCCAGAUUGCUGGUUCCAAUCCAAUUAGAAUUUUAUUAUAGGUUAUGUUUCGCGAAACUUAGAUUAUUAGUGUAACUUAUUUACUUAAAAUAUUUAUAAUGAAGAUCUACACUAAUGAAAAUAAUACCGCAACGCUAAAAUUGCUCAUAGCGGCACAUUUAGCGAGCAAAAAAAUAAAACUGGAGACGGCUACUUUUGAAGGUAACGUGUCUGCAGGGCCGAAGUCACUCCCGCUGCUGGUUGUGGACGAUGAGCUCAGCUUCUUCAGCAGUAAUGCAGCCACACAGUAUUUAUUCCCAAUUUUGGAUCUCUCGGAGAAUGGGCAGUGUCAGCAAAUGCUAGAAUGGGAAGCCACAAGAUUACAGCCGACGGUAGCGUCAGUGUUAACAAGCAAAUCUUUACCGUCCGACCUUAAACAGGCACUGAACUCAUUACUAUUGACGAUCGAUGGACUGCUAAAAGAACAUCAGUAUAUUCUUGGAGAUAAACUGUCAGCGGCAGACAUAUCAAUAUGGAGCACCGUAUACCCGCUGUGCUUCAACAAGGAACACAGACAGCAGUAUCUGGCAGAAUAUCCCUGCAUUAUGAAAUGGGCGGAUGAACUGUUGAACGCUAAGGCUAUACAGGAAGCGAUAAAACAGUGGGGAGGGUCUGCGGACGGUCCGUUCGCUCAAACUUCAGCGUUGGGGAUACCACAGGUUACUAACUUGGCCUCCCCUGCUGGUACUCCGGAAUCUCAAGAGCCGACCGUAACAGCGGAGGAGAUAGAGGCUGCAAGAGAGAACUGGCUCCAUGGACUGCAGAACUUGCAAGAGCCUCUGAAAGAGGAGAAAGUCGUGUUGCCGAUAAAAGGUAAGAAGAACGUUUUGAUAACGUCUGCCUUACCGUACGUCAACAACGUGCCCCACCUCGGGAACAUCAUCGGCUGUGUGCUCUCCGCUGACAUAUUCGCCAGGUACUGUCGUCUUUGUGACUACAACACGCUCUUCAUAUGUGGCACCGACGAAUAUGGCACGGCCACUGAGACCAAGGCGUUAGAAGAAGGCGUAACUCCGCGUCAGAUCUGCGACAAGUACUUCGCGAUCCACAACGAAGUGUAUCGCUGGUUCGAUAUCGGGUUUGAUUACUUCGGAAGGACCAGCACGCCGGAACAGACUGAAAUAGCACAGAAAAUGUUCUUGAAGCUAAUGGACAACGGCUUCGUCAGUAAGCAGUCAGUGGAGCAGUUGUUCUGUGAGAAAUGCGAGCGGUUCCUGGCGGACAGAUUCGUGGAGGGUACAUGUCCCCACCCGGGCUGCCAGUACCCAGACGCAAGGGGAGACCAGUGCGACAAGUGUGGAAAGCUUAUAAAUGCUAUCGAGCUCAUAGAGCCCCGAUGUAAGCUCUGUGCCUUCAGACCGGCCGUGAGACCCAGCGAGCAAAUGUUCUUGGAACUUGGCCAGCUGGAGCCCGCGCUGCGUACGUGGAUCGCGCGCUCGCAGGGCGGCUGGUCGGGCCCCGCGCGGGCGGUGGCGCGCUCCUGGCUGAGGGACGCGCUGCGCGCGCGCGCCGUCACGCGGGACCUCAAGUGGGGCGUGCCGGUGCCGCUGCCGAGCUGUAGGGACAAGGUGUUCUACGUAUGGUUCGAUGCGCCCAUCGGCUACCUCAGCAUCACACAGAGCGCCACCAAGGACUACGAGAAGUGGUGGAAAAAGGACGAAGAUUAUGAUGUCCGACUGUACCAGUUCAUGGCGAAGGACAACGUGCCCUUCCACGUGAUCAUGUUCCCCGCUACUGUCAUAGGAGUCAAUGAGGGACAUCUGCUGGUCGACCACGUUUAUGCUACCGAGUAUUUAAAUUACGAGGAAGGCAAGUUCUCCAAGUCUCGAGGCGUUGGCGUCUUCGGAACAGACGCUCAGGAAACCGGUAUCCCAGCGGACGUGUGGCGCUUCUACCUGGCCAGCAUCAGGCCUGAGACCUCCGACUCCAGUUUCAGUUGGACCGAACUCGGAACCAGGAACAACUCCGAGCUGCUGAACAAUCUGGGCAACUUUUGUCACCGAUCCCUAAGCUUCUGUGCUAACACCUUCAAAGGAAUAGUUCCGGAGGCCAAAUUAACCAGUGCAGAUUAUGAGCUCAUCGCUCUGGUCAACAGAGAAGUUGUUGCCUACGUGCAACAAAUGGAGAAGGGUCGCCUCCGGGAGGGUCUGAGGCACGUCUUGAGUGUGUCCAAACUGGGGAACCAGCUGAUGCAGAGCCGGCAACCCUGGGUCCUGCUGAAGGGGAGUGAUGAAGACAAAGAUCGAGGAGCUACAGCCGUGGGUCUGUGCUGCCAACUGGUGGCGCUGCUGGCGACGCUACUAGCGCCCUUCGUGCCUCGGGCGGCCGCCAGGUUACGGGACCAGUUGAGGGUGUCUGCUGCGCAGCUGAAGGUUAACCCCAAAAACCCAUCGCUCAUCCAGUACCUGGCGCCCGGACACGUGAUCGGCAAACCGGAACCACUGUUCUCCAAACUCGAACCGGAAGUCUUGGAACAGUUGAAAGCGAAAUACGCGGGAACACAGAGCGACAGGGCUAAGAACGACGAAAAGAAAGCAACAGGGAGUGCUAGUGUAGCAGAAUUAGAAGUGGCGAUAGCAGCGCAGGGCGACAAAGUCCGCCAGUUAAAAUCCACAACAAAAGACAAGGCAGUGUGGCAGCCGGAAGUGGACAAGCUUUUAGCGCUGAAGAAACAACUCGCCGCUGCACAGACACAGAACACACCAAAUACGGACACACAGAAAGCACAGAGUAGCGGGGUCACUGGAAGGGAUGUCGUCAGCUUGGAAAAAGCUGUAGCCGAACAGGGCGAAAAGGUCCGGAAGUUAAAAGCGUCAACCAAAGACAAGUCGGUGUGGCAACCGGAAGUUAACAUCCUCCUGUCUCUCAAGAAGCAGCUGGAGGCGGCGAAGGUCCAGGGCUCCGGUGACGACAGUGUUGCUAGCUUAGAAAAAGCUAUCGCGGAACAGGGCGACAAGGUGAGGAAACUGAAGGCGUCGACGAAGGACAAGGCAGUGUGGCAACCCGAAGUCAAUGUGUUAUUGGACCUCAAGAAGAAACUGGCGGCCCUGCAGACAAAUAAAUAAAUAUUUAUUAACAAA